GCGAAACCACUUCAGUUUCUACAGGAAAGCUUGGCCUACCUUGCCUAACCUAGGGCGUAUUUUCUCUAAAACAAGAGCACGAGGAAUUAUCCGAGUUCAGAUAAUAACAGUGAACCGUUUAUGGCAUGGUGAUAAAAGAAAUUAUGGCUGAGAGCAGCGCGACUAGGAGCUUUCUGGCAUUGGCACCCACCUCCAGCAACCUUAAUGAUGAGCUCGGAGAAGAUAUCACGAUACCUCCAGUUAUUUCUGAUAUAGUCCAACCAAGUCAGAACACCAGCCUUAAAACGCCAUUAUCAUUUUACUCAAAUCAGCAACAUUCGACCAGAGAACAAAAAAUUCAGGAGCCCUCUAGGGUUAUCCCGGCAUCACCAUUGCAAGCAAGGCCCCAACUAGCUGUGCAUAUUAGGUCAUCAGCACCAUCCUCACCAUCUCAUACCAAGCAAGGACAGCCUAUAGGAAUAAGUCAGGAACCGCAACCAAGACGGAAUCCUCCAACUGCAAGGGGGAAUAUCUCUGUCGUUCUGCCUCCAGCUUCCGUGCAACAUGGAAUAGAAGGAGCCAAUUUCCAACCGAAGAAGAGGGGCAGACCAAAGGGCUGGAGGAAGCCUGGAAACUCCUAUGCGGAUAGAAGAGAAGGCGACACAGGGGAUGCUAAACCCAAUGUACCCAGGAAAGACCCCUCUAAAGAACCGAAGCGGCGUGGGAGGCCGCCACGCGAUCCUAUACCUUCGGCUAGAGAAUGGUACCUACGGUCUAAUGUUGAAUACGUGCCAUUCUUGUGCGAAUGGAAACGGUCUUCGGGGCACCCUUGUCCAGCAGAGCUGCAAAACAUGAAAACACUACGCAGGCAUGUUUUUCUCGUCCAUGGGGAUGAAGACCCGUUAGUCUGUCAGUGGGGUAAGUGCGUAGCAAGGGACACCCCUAUAUAUUUCGCAACCCAAACAGAAUUCGAAGAGCACAUGGAGAAGGUGCACUUCAGGUCGUUUGUGUGGCACAUGGGAGAUGGGUACCAGAACGAAGGUAUCGCGACACUGAAGCGAGAUGCUGACGAACUUCCGGAGUACUUGUUUGACGGGGAUGGAAACCAAGUCACUCCAUCAAUUACUGAACAGCAACUCGAGGACGAUCAGCAGUAUAAAGAGAGGAAGCGGAAACUGAGGCGUCUCCUAAUUCAACAGGACGAGAAUGCCCUAACUGAAGAGGAAUACGCAAGGCAAACGCUUGGGCUCGUCUGAUUUAAGAUGACUAUGUCUUCUUAUUCAUACGUAGCAGCAAUAGGGAUAGCUUUAUUCCGUGCUGAGCCGCAACCCAGAUAUACACAAUUGGUCUAUCUGUUAAUAAGGGUUAGGUCUCUAAAGUCGACUCUAAAGGAAUAAUAGCUUUCAUGGUUACCGGUUACCUCUUUCGAUAUUCGAACAUUCCUAUUUAGGAUGCAGUUUAGGCGUGUAUAUAAUUGUAGCAAGAAACCUGUAAAACAAGCAUAUAACAAGCAUCCCUUUGACUUUGACACGACUCCCAUUUCCGUAGGUUGCAUACAGUGAUGGGCAGUUAGGUUUUCAAGGGCAUAACUUUACCGGGCUUCUAUGCAGCCUUAGACAUCACCGUGUACAGCAGACGUAUUAUGUCUAUAUGCCAAAACAGAGCUUAAGUUAAAAGCGGAAUGCACCGCAUUAAGUAUAAAUCUAGUAUGAUAAUAUAGCAUGACGCGUUAUGGAGUUACGACAUAUGUAUGUAUAGG